AUCCAUACAUAUAAGUUAAGGAAUGAACAGCGUUGGACCUGAGUGUAAUGACUUGAAGAAAGAAUACGAUUCUUGCUUCAAUGUGUGGUAUUCGGAGAGCUUCCUCAAAGGUGACUACAAAAGUGAUCCUUGUAGUGAGCUGCUCAAGAACUACAGAGCAUGUGUUUUGGUAAGUUGCACGAUAUAUUAAUAUACUUAAUAUUUUUCCCUUGAAGAGAAAAUAUUUUUCCUAAUAAGGGUAGACGAGUUAUCAAUGAAUUCCAUGAGUUCAUCAUCAUCAACAUUUUCUAAUCAGAUGCUUGCCUCUCUUACAUUACGUUGCUCACCAAAGAUUGAUGAGUGGUAGGAGGGGAAGUGAAGGGUUGGGGCUGGGGUGGGUCGAGUCCCUGUCAUAGCCACAAUGUGGGCAUGCACUCCUUGGUAUCCAAUCUAGUUGCUCCAGGACUAGCUCACCCACGCCAACUCACCAUGCAUAAAAUCACUUUAACAAGCUAAGCCAAGCUCAUUACAGAAUUAGUCUUGUUUUAAGUUAAGGUCUGAUAUCUUAUGAAAUGAUAAUAAAAUAAUUGAAGUUUCAACAUCAAUUUGUUAGCUUUAUGCUGUUGCAUUACAAACUGAAGUGUUUAGUAACUGGUAUACCAUUACACACAAACUCUUAAAUGCCAUGGACACUUUCUAACACCUUUGUGGAAAUGUAGAUAUCUUCAGAACAACAGCUUUCAGUUUGUUUGUAUCUUACAAUUUCUUUUUGUCAUGUAUGUCAUGUUACACUUUGAGCCAAAGAAUCAAAGGGAUUUUUCAGGGAUUUGACUCUCAGCAUCUAAGUGUUCAUAUGUAAUGGUAUAGCAGUUGCCAAACACUUUGGUUCUUAACCCUUUAACUCUCAGAUCAAAUUUGUAAUUCUCCUUACUCUCAACCAUACAAUUCUUAUAAUGUAAGUUCAGUUAUAAUGUUGAUGGAUCAACUAAUCCCCAAAUUGAUAUUUUUCUUCUUUCUCAUCACUUAUCUGUUUGAUCUUGUAUUGAUAUUGUAAGGAGAAAUUCUGUCUUGGUCACUCAUGGGGGUUAAAGGGUUAAUGACUGUGAAUGAUGAAAAUCGUAUAUGUGAACUUCAAAUUAAUAAAUGAUUAUGAGAAGGAUCUUUGUAGCGAUGACCACUACUUUAAAGGCAGUAGAAAAGAAAUUUUAAGUGUGGCUUGUUGGCUUGGGCGAGUUGGUCCAUGAGCGACUCAACUGAAAUUUUGCUCCUCUGCUUUGGUAACAAAGGUACUUUUAUCACUUGCUAAACCAAGGCUCUGUUAGCUCAACAACAACAUCCUAUAUUCUAUGCCAUAUAUAGUGACAAUAGUUCAUCUCAAGUUAUUCUUCCAGAGACUUAAUGCUUGUGUGAUAUAUUUCUGUGGUCCUUAAAUGUUUGUAUCUCUUUCUAUAGAAGGCCAUCAAGGAGAAAAAUAUAGAUCUUUCAGAUAUUGAAACAGAUGUCCUUGGAACCAACAGAGAAAAGCAACCACCUCCAGAAAAGUAACCACCUUUCAUAAAAUCUUGCAAAGUCAUCACCAAUGUUAGCAGGUCAAUGUAGUUAUCCCAGACAAUAGCCAAGAAACCACUUGUACUUGGCAUGGAAUCAAACACAAUUAUUUGGUAGCCUUCUGACAAAGUUUACCACAUGAUUAAGUGUUUGAAAGCUUGAAAAACUACAGCUACCAGGCACUGGUUGUAGUCCACUGGCAUCUCUGGUUAGAUAACAUGAAAUUCUCUGUUUGGUGUUUGGAGUGUAAAAACAGUUUGCUUAAUUUGCAGCAAAAAUGCUAUUAACUUCUCUGUUGACUAUUGGCUAGACAUAAUUUGAUAUGAAUGUACUACAAGAAAAAUCAAAUAUGAUGGAACCCUGUUCAGUUAGUUUAAUGAUUACUCUUACAUUCAUUUCCUUUCACUCCCAAAGUCUCAUUUUAGUAAUUCUCUGUACUGUCUGUAAUACAAUUUAUCAACAAAUAAUCCCCUAAUUUAUAAAUUUCCAUAUUCUCAUUGCUUGUCUGCUUGAGAUUGUAUUGACAUUGUAACAAGAAAUUAUUUCUUGGUCACCCUUGGAAGUAAGGGGUUAAUUUGAAUACUUUGGAAUCAAAAAGCGAAGUUUUGCUCUUUCAUAAAAGUCAUAUAUCAGUUUUCCACCAUGUGCUGGCCAGUCGAUUUAAAACCAGCUGUUCAGAUGUUUUCACAUGGCAUACAACUCAAUUUUUUUGAACAGAUGUUUAUAGGCCAACUCUCCAGGAUACAUGAAAAAUAUCCCUGUUAUCACCAUACAGUAAAUACUAGUUUUGAAUUUAGGGACAGAUACAAAUUUAUUUCUUGCACCAUCUUGUGUUUUUUAUUCAUAAUAAUUUGUAAAAUUUUUAAUUUCAUGAAUAGUUGUGAAAUGUAGAAUGAACUGUACUUAAAGUAGUAGUAAAUAAUAGGAACAUUUGUGAAUAAAAUUGAUCAGCUA